AUGGUUAUCUUCAAGUUUUUGAGGAGCAAACUCUCCCAAUUCAUGAUGAAAACGAACCGCCUUGUCUUACUGCGCCAUGGCGAGAGCGAGUUCAAUCAACUGAACAAGUUUUGCGGCUGGCAUGAUGCGCCCUUGAGCAAGGGCGGCAUGGAGGAUGCGCGCAAGAUAGCUGCCCUCAAUCUGCUAAACGCCAAUUUGGAAUUCGAUAAAGUGUACACCUCAACGCUGUGCCGGGCCCAGACGACCACAGAUAUCAUACUAAGGGAGAUGAAGUCCUCGUUUGUGCCCGUGGAGUCGCACUGGCGACUAAACGAGCGGCAUUAUGGCAAUCUGACUGGAUUCAACAAGCGCCAAAUGUCGGAUCAAUAUGGCGAGGCGCAGGUACAGAACUGGCGGCGUGCCUUUGAUAGCAUGCCACCCUCCAUAACGCCCCAGAACCCCUACUAUUUCGGCAUCCGCAAUAAUCCCUCCUUCAGCGAUGUUCCUGCCGAUCAGUUUCCCUUUGCGGAAUCCAUGCACAUGUGCUCGGACCGUGUGCUACCGGUUUGGGACGAGAUCAAGAAGGACAUGCUGAAUGGUAAGCGUGUGUUGGUCUGUACGCACGGCACAGUGGUCAGAGCGCUUAUCAAGCACAUUGAAGGUCUAUCGGAUGAAGCAAUCAGCAAGGUCAAUAUUCCCAAUUGCGUGCCCUGUGUAUAUGAAUUCGACAUAAAGACGGGCAAACUGAUCAGCCCGAUGACCUAUCUAGGUGAUCCGGAGUAUAUCAAGGCCAAGACCGAACAGGUGGCCUCUAUUGGAAACUAAGCGAAUGCUGUGCAAUGGUUAAGAACCAAAUUUUCUCUAUGAAUUUAUCAAUGUACAUACAUACAACACUUAAUAAACUUUAUUCUUUAUUCUGACCAUUAA